UGUUAAUAUAGUUGCAAUAAGGAGACUAAUCCAUCUAACUACUCUCACUUCUCCGGCGACCUCACGACGAAAGCGUCUGUGAGGUUAAAAAAUAAAACCAGAAAAAAAAAACCGCAGAAAAAGGUAAAAAUAUUAUUAUACAAUUAAAAAAAGAGGAACCAAUAUGCCAAGCCCGACGCGUCCGAGUCAAAUCGCUCCGUCCAACUCGUUCUUCCGUCUCCUCGGACGCCAAAUUUCCGUCAUCGCUAUUGCCCCAACCACCAUGAAUUGAAGAUUUUGAUCAACCGAUUCGGCCAUCCAUCGCUUUUUCGCCUCCAGAUCCGGCGCCCUUUCAUCCUCCGCGCACAGCUGGGGUCAAUUUAACGCACCGUCGCCGGAGAAUAAUCGGACAAUAACCAGAAAGAGGAAGAAAUCAGAAUAGAGGAGGAAGAAGAAAAAUGAGUUUUGUUUUCCGCGGGAGCAGAGGUGAAUUGGAUUUAGAAAAUGGGUUUCCUGGAUUCGUCCCUGAGCGCCGAGCAGUGCGAGUUCAUCCGAUUCGGCCGGUUAAUUCCAACUCGCUUGUAUUCCUCGUCACAGUUCUGUUGUUGUUCAUGAUAUUGAACUCACACCAAAUGCCUCCCAAUUUUCUGCUAUGGCUGGUGCUUGGGGUAUUUUUGAUGGCCACAAUCCUGAGGAUGUAUGCAACUUGUCAACAACUCCAAGCUCAAGCGCAAGCUCAUGCGGCCAUCGCCAGUGGGCUACUUGGCCAUACCGAAUUACGGUUGCAUAUGCCACCGUCGAUAGCUCUUGCAAACAGGGGGCGUCUACAGGGCCUCAGACUCCAGCUUGCUGUACUUGAUAGAGAAUUUGAUGACCUGGAUUAUGAAACUUUGAGGGUACUGGAUUCUGAUGUUGUUCCCACCACAUCAAUGAGCGAGGAAGAGAUAGAUGCCCUUCCUGUUCACAAUUAUAAGAUUUCUUGUCCUCAAAGUUCGGUCCCUCUAGUGCAACAAGCAUCAUCUUCCAUUUCCACAGAGCCAAAGAAGCAUCAGGAGACAUCCCAUGGGAUUGGUACCUUGAAGGCUUCAGAAGAUGAACUUACUUGCAGUGUAUGCUUGGAGCAAGUGGAUGUUGGAGAAGUCUUACGUACCCUCCCAUGCUUGCACCAGUUCCAUGCCAUUUGUAUUGACCCAUGGUUGAGGCAACAGGGAACAUGCCCAGUUUGCAAAUACAGGGCAGGAUCUAGCUGGCCUGAAAAUGGACAAAAUCUGGAUGCUGCAUACAUGGUUUAACUUUUAACCUCUGCAUCAAUUGACUCAGUCUACCCCUCCAAAGGAUGUAAAGAGAAAGAGUUCACUGGAGUUCCUAUUGAACAAAGAUGGAAGGUCUGAUUGAAUAGUUACUGUGUCUGUGCCUAACACCGAGGUAAAUCUUUCCCUCAGAUUAGGGCACGCUGCAGAAAGGGUGCGGAUUGAUGUAUUUAGUAACAUCACAACAUUUUGUAAUUUAGAUUAAUCGGGAAGUUGGCAAUCGAAAAUCACCGUUAUUAUAGUAUCUUCAUACUUCUACUGUGAAUUCAAAAUGAUAUCAUACUUGAACGAUCUGGUAGUACAGUUACUGGUAAUUUAUUGACGCGAAUGCUUGCUCUAAGUGAGUCGACAACUACACUUGAGAUUCGAAAUACAACAAUAGAGAUGAACUAAAACUGGGAAGGAAGAGGGAACAUAUCCUUCUUAGACUUCCCUUUACCCUUCCCUCCGCCCUUCUUUGCAUCUAGUUUGGCCUGAAUGCGAGCAGCGGCUGCAGCUUUGGCUUCUUCUCGCUUCUUCUUCUCUUCCUCUUUGACCGCAGCUGCCAUCUCCCUUUGCUUCUUCAGCUCCUCUAGCCUAGCUCUCUCCUGCGAAACACUGCUCAUGCUGGAACCUUUGCGAGGACGGCAAGCCACAAGCUCCACCUCAAAAACAAGAAUUGCA